AUGAAGCAGAAGGACAUCAGGCCGGCGCCCUCGCUAAUCGAGUACAAGAACAUGCGGUUUCUCAUCACCGACCGCCCAUCCGACGUCACCAUUCAGUCCUAUCUUCAGGAGCUGAGGAAGCACAACGUGUGCACGGUGGUACGCGUGUGCGAGCCUAGCUAUGAUACGGCGCCGCUGAAGGCCGAGAACAUUGAAGUACGUGACCUCGCCUACGACGACGGAACCUUCCCACCUGCUAACGUCGUCGACGACUGGUUUGAGAUUCUGCGUGAAAAAGCGCAGAACAAGCCUGAGGCUGCAGUGGCGGUGCACUGCGUGGCAGGACUGGGCCGCGCACCCGUCAUGGUGGCCAUCGCUCUUAUCGAACUCGGCAUGAAGUACGAAGAAGCCGUGGAAACUAUUCGAGAUCAACGCCGCGGUGCCAUCAACGCGAAGCAACUGUCGUACUUGGAGAAGUACCGGCCGAAGUCUCGGCUGAAGAAGAACGGGCACAAAGGUCCCAACUGCUGCGUGCAGUAA